AUGAAGAGAAUACAACCAGAUAACGGCCGACCAGGCCGCGUCGAACCCCCUUUAGGGAGGCUGCGGGAGGCCAUCACUUCAUUCGCUUUGUCACCAGCCGAUGCGCACACAACUCAAACUCCAACCACAACCAUGGCCCAGAAAUCCCAGGCGGACGCUGGCUUCAACCUCAGCAAUAACGAAGAUUUCACCUUCUUCGACCAAUAUGUCGAUCCUGCUUGGCCAUCUUCUGGCUUUGAGCAAGUUCAAGCGG